CUUCUGAAAUACUUUCGAUCUAACAUGAUUACAUGAAUAUCAUCAAGCAUUGCGUAGCUACCUAGCUAGACUCCAGUUUUAUAUUCAAAGAUGGUGAAGAAUCAUCAACAUCCCACUAAAUUUGUUUACUUUCUGAUAAUCUUUUAUUCUUGGUCUCUAAGUUUCAUCAUGAACAUGGGCAUGGCACAAAGAAACGAGACUACAGUGGUGAAAGUUGGAGGUGUAAUUGAUCUUACAGGAAUGGUUGGGAAGAUGGGGUUGAGUUGCAUCAACAUGUCCCUCUCAGAUUUCUAUCAUUCUCAUUCUCAUUACAACACUAGGAUCCAAUUCAGCUUCAGGGAUUCUCAUGGGGAUGUUGUUACUGCUGCUGCACAAGCUUUGGAGCUCAUACAAAAUGAGCAAGUGCAAGCUAUCCUUGGUCCUGUAACAACAAUGGAAGCAAAUUUCAUGAUCCGUUUAGGAGACAAAGCUCACGUUACCAUCAUAACCUUCUCAGCAACAAGCCCCUCUUUAGUAUUGCUCAAAAGUCCUUAUUUUUUCCAAAUUGCACAGAAAGACACAGCUCAAGUGAAUGCCAUAACCUCCAUGGUUCAAGCUUUUGGUUGGAAACAAGUGGUGCCCAUUUAUGUUGACAACAGCUUUGGUGAAGGACUCAUCCCUGCCUUAACCAUUUCUCUGCAACAAGCCUAUAUCAGAGUUCCCUAUUGCAGUGCCAUUUCUCCUUCAGCCACUGAUGAAGUCAUCACUCAAGAGCUCUACAAGUUGAGGACCAUGCCAACUAGAGUCUUUGUUGUUCACAUGUCACCGCGCCUUGGCUCUCGCCUCUUUGCCAUUGCGAAGAGCAUUGGAAUGAUGGAACAAGGCUAUGUUUGGAUUGUGACUGAUGGCAUUGCAAAUUUGUUAAACUCUCUGAACUCUUCUGUGGUAGAAUCUAUGGAAGGAGUGCUAGGUGUUCGAACAUAUGUCCCAAAGACCAAGGAGCUUGAUGGUUUUAAAGCUCGGUGGAAAAGACGGUUCCUUUUGGAUAAUCCAACACUUGUUGAUGCGAAUUUGAAUGUUUUUGGAAUGUGGGCAUAUGAUGCUGCCACAGCAUUGGCUAUGGCUGUUGAGAAGGUUGGUGCCGCCAACUUUGGCUAUAGCAACACUUCAAGAAAUCUGCACGAUCUUGAAGAGAUUGGUGUCGCGCGAAGUGGUGAGAAGCUACGUGAGGCUCUGUCGAACACUAGAUUCAGAGGUCUCAGUGGUGAUUUCAAUGUUGUUGGUGGAGAACUACAAGCAUCAACACUUGAGAUAGUUAAUGUGAUUGGUGAGGGGGAAAGGAGGGUGGGAUUUUGGACACCCCAGAAGGGGAUAGCAAGAAACAUGGACACAAAGGGAGCAUUACCAAGCAUAUAUUCUACUUCUAAGAGAAAUCUUGGUACUAUUAUAUGGCCAGGGGAUACUUACUCUGUUCCAAAAGGUUGGGAAAUUCCUACCAGUGGGAGGAAGUUGAGGAUAGGAGUUCCAGUGAAAACGGGAGAUAGUUACACUGAAUUUGUGAAAAUAAAACAUGACACAAGUACCAAUUCAACAGUAGUAACUGGCUUCUGCAUUGAUGUGUUCAAAGCCGUGCUAGAAGCAUUGCCUUUUGCCUUACCUUAUGAAUUUAUUCCAUUUGAAAAGUCGGAUGGUGAGAUGGCAGGAACAUAUGAUGAGUUGAUCAGCCAAGUUUAUUAUGGGAAUUAUGAUGCAGUGGUGGGGGAUACCACGAUCAUUGCAAACCGGUCCAACUAUGUCGAUUUCACAAUGCCAUAUACAGAAUCUGGUGUGACAAUGGUUGUUCCAGUGAAAGAUAACAGAAAGAAGAAUGCUUGGGCCUUUCUGAAGCCUCUGACGUGGGAUCUUUGGGUAACAACUGCUUGUUCAUUCGUAUUCAUAGGGUUUGUGGUUUGGGUCCUUGAACACCGAAUAAACAAUAGUUUCAGGGGGCCUCCCUCCUACCAGAUCGGCACAAGCUUAUGGUUUUCCUUCUCAAUAAUGGUGUUUUCCCAUCGGGAGAAAGUGGUGAGCAACUUGGCUAGAUUUGUGGUGACUGUGUGGGUUUUUGUGGUUCUAAUUCUGGUUCAAAGUUACACUGCAAGCCUCACUUCCCUCUUAACAGUUGAACAACUACGCCCAACUAUUACUGAUGUCCAUCAACUACUAAAGAAUAGGAUGAAUGUUGGCUAUUUGGAAGGUUCAUUUGUUUAUGGAAUCUUAAAGGGUUUGGGAUUCCAAGAUGACCAGCUCAAAACUUAUAAAUCCCCAGAAGAAUGCAAUGAGCUUUUCAUAAAAGGAAGUGCAAAUGGUGGCAUUUCUGCUGCGUUUGAUGAAGUUCCCUACGUUAAGUACUUUCUUGGAAAAAGUUGCUGCUCCAAAUAUACCACAGUUGAACCAAGAUUUAAAACUGGAGGCUUUGGCUAUGUGUUCCCAAAAGGCUCCCCUCUUGUAGCCGACAUUUCAAGAGCAAUCUUGAAUGUCACUCAGGGUGACAAAAUGAAAACAAUUGAGAAUGCAUGGUUCAAGAAAAGCACUUGUCUAGAUUCCACUACAGAAAUUUCCUCGGUUUACAGUCUUGGCCUUGAAAGCUUCUGGGGUUUGUUUCUUGUUGCAGGGAUUGCGUCUCUAUUAGCACUCCUAAUCUUUGCAGUGACAUUCCUAUAUCAGCACAGACAUAUCUGGUUACACUAUGAUCCUAGUACUUCAAUAUGGAGACGUAUUGGUAUCUUGGUUAGGAUAUUUGACCAAAGAGACUUGGAAUGUCACACAUUCAAGAAAAGUGAAACUAGUAGUCCUAUUCAUAACAUAGGUGCAGUUGAGACCUCCCCAAGUACACAUUGCCCACCUAGUCCAUCUAGUCAAUCUGAAUCAAACUUUGCCUUUCAUGGAGACUUAAGUCCAGAUUAUGGUGAUACUGUACAACAGGGUGAUGCUAAUUGUCAAGACAGAGAAAUGAAUGUCGUGUAAAUGAUUACUCCAGAAGCUGCCUCUAUAUAUAAACAGAUAUAACAUUAACUCCAAAGAGACAUAGACAUCUAUAACUGUAAGUCUGUAACAUCAAGCUAAUGAUAGUUCUACUCAGUUGUGGUAGAAGAUUGUAAAGCUUUCAUAUUUGAAUUAUUCAAGUAAGGAUAUUGAAAAUCUAUUCAUUUUACAAACAGAAUAUAUUUAUUACAGGUAUGAGAUUAAUCUUUUUGAA